ACUAAUUUCUGACACUUCUCUCAUUUAUAAAUUUUCGCAGUAAUUUUUAAACGAAAACUAUACGUGGUAUUUCUGUAUUUUUGUUGCUUCUUCUUAUCAAUUCCACCAACAAAAAUCUCACUAAUUAAACAUAAAAAACGAACUAAUCUCAAGACGAAUGUGUGAUAAGCAAACAACAUAAAUAGGAACCGGUAACAGCAGCUACGACUUCGAUAUCAUGGACAAUUUUCAUCGCCAACUCUCGGUUGGCGUGUAGAAGAAAAUUAGAAAACAAAAACCAACAAAAUACUAAAGAGAAAUAAAUAACACAUCUUCCACCAAGCAGCGCGCGGAAGUAGUCUCCCUUCUUGGAACUUUGCAGUUUUCCUCCUCGAGAAAAUUCCACCCUCUAAAAUACUCCUCUACAAAAAUUAUGGCAUUUAUUCAAUUAUUUAUACGGUAGCUCGAUGCUCUAUCUAUGAGACUCUCUCUGGAACCAAUAAAAUUCCAAAUUUACAAAAACCACGACAAGACUAAAAUAACAAAAAACAUAUAACAAAAACGAACUAUACGAAUCUCCAAAAACCUAAAUAAAUUUCCAAACAAAAUGCGAUCUCGAAAGGUCCUCGCCGUUGCGGGUGUGAUCACAACGUGGACUUUCAUUACCUACUACUUCCUCCUCCGCCAAAAUCCAGAAUUCUCCUUCAAUCGACUAACGUUGAGCAAGAAGAUCGAUCUCCUCGAAAGAGGCGCAAAAGAACAAUACGAAGCCAGCGACAAGCUCUUCCAAAAUCUAGUCGGGAUUCUGAGGAGCAAAUUAGAUGCCGAAAGUGAAAUCGGCCAGAAUGCCCCAAUAGUUGCGCCGCAGCUCGAAGACUCGGCUGGAAACAGUCCAAUCGGGAUUGUUGGGGUCAAAGAGAUUCCACUGGAGUCAUCGGCAGAGAAGGGUCCAUCGACCGUGGCAGUUAGGACUGCUGAUGGGAAGCCCAUCAUUCCAGUGCUGGUCUUCGCAUGCAAUCGGGUGUCGAUAAGUAAUUGCCUCGACAACCUGAUACAUUUUCGGCCAAAUGUCGAACAAUUUCCAAUCAUUGUCUCUCAGGACUGUGGCGAUGAGAUGACAAAGAAAGUCAUACUCUCCUAUCAAGACCAACUGACACUCAUCGAGCAGCCCGACCAGAGUGAUAUCUAUGUCCCACCUAAGGAGAAGAAAUUCAAAGGCUAUUACAAAAUCGCCCGGCACUAUGGCUGGGCACUGAAUACGACUUUUCAAAAAGGUUACGAUUAUGUGAUAAUCGUUGAAGAUGACCUCAAUGUUUCACCAGACUUUUAUGAGUACUUUUUUGGUACUUAUAUGCUUCUCAAAAAUGAUCCCAGUUUAUGGUGUAUAUCGGCGUGGAAUGACAAUGGCAAAGUUGGCUUGAUUGACACGGAAAAGCCGGAUUUACUAUAUCGAACGGACUUCUUUCCCGGUCUGGGAUGGAUGUUGACGAAGGAACUUUGGAGUGAACUAUCAGUUAAAUGGCCAAAAUCAUUUUGGGACGAUUGGAUCCGACAUCCAGAGCAAAGGAAAAAUCGAGUCUGCAUUCGACCAGAAAUUUCUCGAACAAGAACUUUUGGCAAAGUUGGUGUAUCAAAUGGACUAUUUUUUGAUAAAUACUUGAAGCAUAUAAAACUAAGUGAAGAUUUUGUCGAAUUUACUAAAAUGAAUUUAACCUACCUACAAAAGGACAACUAUGACAAAACAUUUAUUAAAAAUGUUUACAAUUGUCCAAUGGUUACUUAUGAGGAAUUGCGUAGAAAUUUAAUAAGCCUUGAUGGGCCAGUUCGAAUACAAUAUAGUACCAAAGAGCAAUAUAAGAGAACAACAAAAUUGUUGGGUCUCAUGGAUGAUUUUAAGAGUGGAGUGCCACGUACCGCAUACCAUGGUAUAGUUUCAUUUUACUAUAACAAAAGACGAGUCUAUCUCGCCCCGAAUCUCAAUUGGAAAGGUUAUGAUUUAUCGUGGAGCUAACAAUCUCCUAAGUAGUCCUUUAAAAAUUAAGUGUGUUAAUUGAUUUUAUUUCAACGUUUAUUUUUUUUGUUCUUUAAUUGUAUUCUUUAUUUUCUUUCCCUAUUUUUCUCUUAUUUUUGUUGAUUAUUUGUUUAAGUUUAGAUUUAUUAUUUUCUUGUUUAAUACUGUCCGCAAAUUAAAAUCUCAAAUCUAAGAAUCUAACAUUUAUACUUAACACAAAGUAUAAUUGAUAUGACCAGUACUGUCAACAAUGAUGGUGUUGUUAUCCUACAUAAGAAAAGAGGUAGCAAUUCUUUGUUUUUUUUAAUUAUAUUAAUUUGAUUUUUAAAUAAUAUUUUAACACAACUAAAACAUUUCCUACCUACCGAAUAUUAUAUAUACAUAAAUAGACAAUUUGUUUUUUUUUUUCUAUUGAAAAUAAUUAUAUUUUGUUUUAAACAAAAUCACAUAGUAUAUUUUUUAAACACUGUUGGUUUUUGUUUGUUUGUCUGUCUGGCAUUGUUUGUAAAUCACAUUUUGUGUGCAUUGCAAUAAAAUUGACUUCCUUUUUUACAUAAAUCAUGUUUCUUAUUUAAAGUUUUGAAACUGAUCUCCUAAAAACAUUUACCUAUUGAAAGAAUCUUGAGCUUAUUAUAAAAUAAUGUGUAUUAAAUUUUUGUUAAAUCUAUUUUAGUUUUAAGUAUAAUUAUUUUGAAUAUACUCGUACAUAUAGUGGAAAAUAUGUAAUAGAAGACCUUAGGUUUCUGAGCAUUAAAUUUAACUCUAGAAAUGUAGACGAAAAAAGAAAAGUCCGAUUUUGCCUAGGUCUUUCCUUUCUUUUAGAUCAUCUAAAUUUAAGUAUUGUGCAUGCCUCUUUCUUUUAACAUCUCAUGAUCUUAUAUCUAAAACAGAAAACAAAUCAAUGGUUUCCAUGCUUCGGAAGAAUAAACUUAUAGAUUCUAUGAUUGGAUGUAACUUUUCCCGUAGAAUUGUCCCAUUUGCAAAAGCAAGUGCUUUGUCACAUUUGAUUGUAAAUCAGACUAUGAACUCUGAAAUUUUUAAAAAAUUGAAAAUCAUCAAUUUUGUGUAUUUUUUUAAUUCACACUUAUUCACUCCAAAUUGCAUUUAAAGAGACCUUUUUCAUGAUUUACAGUCUGUCAAGUAAGAUCGUGGUCGACUUUACCGACAUUUAAUAAAAGAUUUCGCUCUUAUUCCUUCGCGAGCCGAUAGAGGGAAGCUUUGUCCUUGAUAAAUUGUCAACAUAGGUUCACUUGUCAUUGGUCUGAAAUGGCGCAACACAAUAAAGAAGCCUCUGUUGACUGAAAAACAUGUGACAAAGAGACUCGCUUGCGCGCAUGAGAAUAUUAAUAGAGAUAUUGAAAAUGUUAUUUUUAAUGUUGAAUGUUCUGUCCUCACGUGAACCUCGUCAAUUUCCACCAAUAGGAUUUUUCAGUGGACUGUAAAACAUGGAAAAAAGGUGCAAGGGAUUCGGCACUUUGUACCUCUUUACUGACAACCUAAAUGCUGAGAAUAUGAUACAAAAAGCUUUACUGCUAUCUGCCAAACGGUGGUUCAUCACAAAAAAUGAAGAUUGGAUUCUGCAGGAGGACAACGAUCAUAAACACCGCAGCAAACUCUUUACUCAGUGGAAGAUUCAAUAUGGCAUCGUAACAUUGGAUUGGCCGUCGCAGUCGCCCGAUACAAACCCUAUCGAAAAUGAGUGGGCAUAUAUUAAACAAAAGCUUCGUAGAAGACGCACCUACACUUUAAAGCAGUUGUCUUACGAAAUUACUAGAAUAAGCCGUCAAAUUAGUAGAAAGAAUGCUGCGGAGAUGCCAGGCAAUAAUCGACGCCGGGGGUGACUGGACACAUUAUUGACCAAAUUACAUCAUUGUAAUGUAUACAAUGUAUAAAUAAAUAUAAAAGUUCUAUAAAAUAAUUUUUUUCAUAAAUUAACACGACCACGCUCUUACUUGACAGACUGUCAGUAUCAAAAUAUAGGAUUUUCUUAUAAGAGGUUUUCAUUUUUAAGUGCAAAUUGCUGAGUUUGCAGCAUCAUGUCCAUUUAAAUAAGAGUUUCAUCUCGGAAUGAAAUUAAUGGGAAAUAAACUAAAAAAUUGUUACUUUUCUUAUGUUCUAAACAUUAUGGAAAAAGUUUCAUAAAAUCUAAUGCCUCGUCUUUUACAGUUCUCCGAAAUUUGCAAAAAACCCUUUUUCGUGAUUAUUUCCAUGUCUAUUUUGUUAAUGGGUCUGGGUGCAUAAGUGAGGAGCCAAUUACGGUAUCACUAGCUCCAAAUGAAAUACUUAAAACAAAGUUAAUGUUUUGUUGCAGGAAAAGGGAAUCAAUGGAUAUUGAAUAUUUAUUUAUUCAUUUUUGAGUACUCUAUUCCAUUUCUGACGUUCAUUCUUGUUUUUGAAUAUGCUGAUGAGAUCCUAUCCUUUUUUUGUGGAAAAUAGGACAACUUAAAGCUUCGCCAUUUCAAAGAAAAUUAUUUUUUUAAUAAACUUAAUUUGUUUACUUAAAAUUUAAUUUAAAAAAAAAGUGUUGAAAGUUGAACUUUGUUUGUCCUCUUAAUCUAUAAUCUAUAAAGGUUGAGUGUAUGUAAAAAUGGUUCAGACAAACAUUUUGGCAAAUUGUAUGCUUAAAAAUGUUGGUAAAAAAGUUAACACAUUCGGAUUUCGUGACAUUUUUUCGGUUCAUAACUUACAACGCGGAUACCAAAAGGAAGAUAUAUAAACAAACUCAUGCCGAGGGUGUUUUUUUUUGCUUUUUUUAUUGGACAAAUCUUUUUCAUGAAGUUUUGCAAAACCAAUUCGCAUCUAUAGCAUGACUUUGAAAGCUUAAAAAUAUUUUACAUGGUUUCAUAGAAAAAAGUGUAAAACGGUUAUAACUGAAUCCAUUGCACAAGCGUCAUGUUUUAAUAAGCCAAGUCCAGUAAAUUUCAAAGAACAUUCUUGGAUUUUCCAAACCGAAAAUUCCAUAAUUUUGCUAAUAAAGACAGUCUUUAAAGUGAAAAUGUGCCAUACAGUUACUCACAAAGGUCAAAUGCUUCCUGGCUCCACGAUCAAUUUCCCAUACAUUUUCUAUGGGGUUUAAGUCGGGGUUCUGAGGUGGUAUUUGGAUGACUUUAGGACAAUUAUAUAGCAACCGUUCGUGUACGACGCGGGAUUUAUGUUUUGGGUCAUUAUCUUGAUAGAACUGAAAAGUUCUUGGAAUAUCCAUUUUUUCAGCGUAAAUCUUGCUUUAGAAGGUCUAUAUACACCAUUCGAUCCAUUAUCCCCUCAUUAAAUACCAAAUUACAAAUCCCAGCAUGCGGCAUAUGUUUUACGGUCGGUAUUAACCUUGCGCCAUACUUUAACUCGGCCGUCCGAUCCGAAUACAUUGUAAUUGCUCUCAUCGGCAAUUAUGACUGUUUUCAAGAAAUCCAAUGGCUUGUUUUUAAUGUUUUUUUUUCUAAUGUAUUCAUUUAUGAAUGUUUUUUUCUAGCCACUUUACCAUUUUCUCUAAGAUCGCGGCGUAUGGUUUCUGGAUCACCAGUUUUUCCGCAAUAAUUAUCCACUUCAGUAGCUAUUUUUGGGGCGCUAAUAUGGGGGUUUCUCCUGAGGUCUUGCAGAAUCCAGCUUUGGUUAUGUUCAUUUAAGAUUCUCCAGGAUGGGGCUUAAAAUCUAUUCUAUUUUAAUUUUUGACCUCCGGAUGAUAUUUCCAACAGUGCUCUCUGGAAUUUUCAACAAAUCAGCGAUUUCUCUUUGCGUCUUCUCUUUGGCAUCAUGAUAUAUAAUAAUAAGUUGACUCUUGUCGAAAAAAGUAUUUUUCCCUUUUCGCCCAAUACUGCAGAAAAUGCGUGUUAGAAAAUGCAAAGAAAUCAAUUGAAUCGACUAAUAUAACGGACCUGAACAACUGUACAAUUUUUUUUUUUUCCUCUCAAUUUGUUAUCCUCACUUGAUGCUGUCAAAUACACGAAUGAAUACUUGACCCAAUAAUUGUGUGAUGUUGUUUUUCUUAUAGUGAAGUUCAUUGAGUAAGGUAACGGUAAAUUAAAGAACGAGAAGAACUAUU